AUGAGUUCAUUUUCUACCGUAGCUUGGCUUACCUUUACAGGGUUUGUAUUCGCUGUCGGCUACACUAUUGGAAAAACCUCCUCUUCCACAAUACCUCAGCGAAAAAGUCGGCAGAAUAAUAGGAAAAAGGAGGGCAACGAGAACGAUAGUAAUGGCAGUAGCGACUCUGAAACAAUGCUGCCCGAUGACCAACAGAUAAAUCCUGAUAAUUUUGAUAAUUUUAAAUUGGUACUGUUGGUUCGUAAUGAUUUGAAUAUGAGUAAAGGCAAGGUGGCGGCACAGUGUUCACAUGCUACGCUCGCAUGUUAUAAGUCAUUGCGAGCAUCCAAUCCGAAGAUGCUUAAAGUGUGGGAAAGAUUCGGACAAAUGAAAGUAGCAUUGCGAGUUAAGGAUGAAACAGAACUACUAGAAUUGCAAGCAAUCGCACUAAGUCUUGGAUUAUGCGCAAAGCACAUAAUGGACGCUGGACACACUCAAGUUGAUCCAGGAACAAUAACUGUAUUAGGAAUUGGUCCCGGUAAAUAG